AAGCCAAUGAGGAAUCUGGCGCAGGAGAAGGAGCGAUAAUCUGAGGAUGUAGGUACAGAUUUGAAGAAACAUGGGGUUGUGUCAGAGAUGGCGGCGGCUUCGGCUCCUAGGGUUACAAGCUAGCGGGCUACGCACAGCAGCUGUGCCGACCCCACCACCCUGGUUGACAGAGAGGCUUGGCCUUUUUGAGGAGCUGUGGGCUGUUCAGGUAAAGAAGCUAGCAAGCAAGGCACAAGAGGAAUCCAGGACUAUUAAAAUAUCGCUUCCUGGAGGACAGAAAGUGGAUGCGGUAGCGUGGAACACAACCCCUUACCAGCUUGCCCAGCAGAUCAGUUCUACGCUGGCAGACACUGCAGUGGCGGCUCAAGUAAACGGAGAACUUUACGAUCUGGAGCGGCCCUUGGAGACGGAUUCUGACCUCAGAUUUCUAACAUUCGAUUCCCCAGAGGGGAAAGCCGUGUUCUGGCACUCCAGCACCCAUGUCCUGGGGGCAGCUGCGGAACAGUUCCUGGGUGCUGUUCUUUGCCGAGGCCCAAGUACCGAAUGUGGCUUUUACCAUGAUUUCUUCCUGGGCAAGGAGCGGACAGUCCAGGGCUCUGAGCUGCCUGUUUUGGAGCGAAUUUGCCAGGAAUUUGCCGCCAGUGCUCAGCCUUUUCGGAGGCUGGAAGCUUCCCGGGAUCAGCUUCGCCAGCUCUUCAAGGACAACCCCUUCAAGCUUCAUGUGAUUGAGGAGAAAGUAACAGGUCCGCAAGCAACAGUGUACGGGUGUGGCACUUUGGUUGAUCUCUGCCGGGGCCCCCACCUUCGGCAUACGGGGCAGAUUGGAGAAAUAAAGCUGCUGACGAACUCGUCCUCCUUAUGGAGGUCUUCGGGGCUCCCAGAAACACUGCAGAGGGUGUCAGGGAUUUCCUUCCCCACCACAGCGUUGCUGAGGGCCUGGGAGGCGUGGAGGGAGCAAGCAGAGUUGCGGGACCACCGGCGCAUUGGGAAGGAACAGGAGCUCUUCUUCUUCCAUGAACUCAGCCCCGGGAGCUGCUUCUUCCUGCCACGAGGGACAAGGGUGUAUAAUGCACUGGUGGCUUUUAUCAGGGCUGAGUAUGCCCACCGCGGUUUCUCGGAAGUGAAAACCCCCACACUGUUUUCUACAAAACUCUGGGAAAAGUCAGGGCACUGGGAGCAUUAUAAGGAAGAUAUGUUUGCCUUGCAACCCUCGGAUUCUGACAGCUCCGCCUGCUCCCAGAGUGACCACCCUACCAGCCAACCCCCCGACACACUCGCCCUCAAGCCCAUGAAUUGCCCUGCGCACUGCCUGAUGUUCGCCCACCGGCCCAGAUCCUGGAGGGAGCUGCCCCUGCGACUGGCAGACUUCGGGGCCCUGCACCGGGCUGAGGCCUCUGGCAGCCUGGGGGGACUGACGCGGCUGCGGUGCUUCCAGCAGGACGAUGCUCACAUCUUCUGUGCACCAGAUCAGCUGGAGGCAGAGAUCUACGGCUGUCUUGAUUUUCUCCGUUCUGUCUAUGCUGUCCUGGGCUUCUCCUUCCACCUGGCACUGUCCACUCGACCAUCUGGCUUCCUGGGGGAGCCUUGCCUUUGGGACCAGGCUGAGCAGCUCCUCCAACAGUCCCUGGAGGCAUUCGGAGAACCCUGGGACCUCAGCCCUGGAGAUGGCGCCUUCUAUGGGCCUAAGAUUGAUGUGCACCUUCGAGACGCCCUGGGUCGACCCCAUCAGUGUGGGACAAUCCAGCUUGACUUCCAGCUGCCCCUGAGAUUUGACCUCCAAUAUAAGGGGCAGGCAGGCAACCUGGAGCGUCCAGUCCUCAUUCACCGAGCAGUGCUCGGUUCUGUGGAAAGACUGCUGGGAGUUCUUGCAGAAAGCUGUGGAGGAAAAUGGCCACUGUGGCUGUCCCCGUUUCAAGUGGCGGUCAUCCCGGUGGGGACCGAGCAGGAAGAAUACGCUAGGGAGGUACAACAGACCCUGCAGGCUGCAGGACUGGCCAGCGACCUGGACGCCGACCCUGGCCUGACCCUCAGUCGGAGAGUCCGUCGGGCCCAGCUUGCCCACUACAAUUUCCAGUUUGUGGUUGGCCGGAAAGAGCAAAGUAACAGGACAGUGAACGUUCGGACACGAGAUAAUCAGCGACUCGGUGAGCGAGGUCUCGCUGAGGCCACGAGGCGGCUGCUGGAGCUGCAGAACACUAGGGUCCCGAAUGCUGAAGACAUUUUCUGAGCCUUUGUGCAGAGAUGAGACAGAGACCCGUGGGAGCCAUCAGCCUCCCUGAACAGGCCAGGAGUCCCCUGGGAGCCUCAGAACUGGGUGUGUGCUCUCAAGAACAGAGACGUGCUUUGGGGACCUCACAGUGACGUGGGGAAGAAAGCUGUGGUUAUUUGGGUAUGAGGAGAAAAACUAAAAAAUAAAUAAAUAAACUGGAAACCA